UGUCUUGUUAAAACUUUGUUCUUGCACUUGUCUUGUCAAAGCUCAUUCUUGCACUUAUCUUGUUACAAGCUCAGUCUUGCACAAGUCUUGUUACAAGCUCAUUCUUGCACUUGUCUUGUUACAAACUCAGUCUUGCACUUGUCUUGUUUUGUUACAAGCCCAUUCUUGCACUUGUCUUGUUACAAGCCCAUUCUUGCACUUGUCUUGUUACAAUCCCAUUCUUGCACUUGUCUUGUUACAAGCUCAUUCUUGCACGUGUCUUGUUACAAGCCCAUUCUUGCACUUGUCUUGUUAGAAGAUCGUUUUAGCACGUUUCUCCUGACAUGUUUGUAUUCAUCGCGUAGCCGCCUCCCCCCCCCCUCCCCCACAAACACACAGACAAACAAACAAACAUACACACACACAAACACAAAAACACACACACACACACUUCUCAAAUUCAUAAAUUAGCUUUCAUCGCAGACCCCCACCCCCAAAUAACAUUGAUCAAUUUACUUGUCCAUUAAUAUGUCCCCAUUAUUUAUGUCAACUCUAAUUAUGUCCUCAGCACCGAACGCUGCCAAGAAUGUCGUCUGUUACUUUACUAACUGGGCCCAGUACCGACCAGGGUUAGGGGCACAGCUGGUGAAGGACAUUGACCCCCAGCUCUGCUCACACAUUGUCUUCGCUUUUGCCCAGCUCUCAGGCAACAAGAUCAUCGGGUACGAGCCGACUGAUGACCAGACAAAUGGGCAGUAAGUAUCCGAUUAUUGCUGUUGGCGUCUAGUCAAAUGGAUAAUAAGUAUCAGGUUAUUGGUGUUGCCUCCAGACAAAUGGGCAGUAAAACUGCCUCCACAAACUUUCAGUAAAACUACCACCUGACGCUGUUAUGUAAGUACUAAAAAUAAAACGAUUAAACUGCAUUCACAAGUUCCAGUUUCAUACUGGUCCAUUCAAAACAGGUCGUUUAAAAAUGCAUGUCGUUUGUAACGCUCGAUACACGAAUGUUGGCAGUUGACAGGGUUAUUGAACAAUUUCUUUUAUUUUGAAUUAAAACCACAGACUACUCAAACAUUAACGCCCCCCCCCACUCACCCACCCACCCACCCUAUUUACUAAGCACCAAGACCAUCUUAAGAAAGUAUUUGCAUUUGACAUCAAAUUAUUUAGCUUUUUCAUACACUAAACUAAGCUCUCAGAAUGUUCUAGCUUCACGCACGCUUUCACCAUUGACGCACCACAGCCGUUCUAUCACCUAUGUUUAGCCCUGUUUCAUCCGCCCAGUACUUUGAUCUCAAUACCAGGGGCGUGCCAAGGAAAAGUGGGGCACGGGGCGUAGCCUGAAGAGUGCCUUCCGGGGUGGAACAGUAAAGCACGAUUAUGUCGCCGCUGGUCUUUGUGACGUGGACAGGAUUUUAUCUUUUAAUUCACUAUUUAAGUCCUAUUUAGAUGAUUUUGGCGCCGCCCUGAUGUUGCUAUCCACACCACUUUUUUUUUUUUAAAGCACGAUCCUGUUCUUGCCAGGCCCAAUCACAUUUAACUGAGACACACACACACACAAGACAUAGUGGUCAAGCUAUCUGACCAUCUCACGAUGCAUGCAUAUUUUAUAACCAGGUGGCGCCAGUUCACCAAUCUGAAGUCAGUGAAUCCAAAUUUGAAGACUUUACUGGCGGUGGGUGGAUACAACCAUGGGUCCACGAGAUUCUACAGUAUGGCCAGCACCCAGGCGGGUAGGGCAGAGUUUGUUCAAAACGCAGUCACGCUUUGUAGGUACUGGGGCUUCGAUGGCCUUGACCUGGAUUGGGAAUAUCCCGGGGACUCUUCUAAUUUAGACAGCUUCUAUUUUUCUGCUUUGAUUCAGGUCAGUAGCUAUUUAAAAAAAACAAAAAACUUUAAGGAUAUUUAUAUAUCUGAACAUCUAUCCUUCCCCAAUCCAAUGUACCCUCUAAGGUUUGAGGUUCGUGUGCAAAAUCCUACAGUUGUGUGCAAAGUUUUACAGCAUCAAUUUUUGUGUGUGCAAAAUUUUACAGCCCACAUACACAAACACACACUUACAUGGAAAUUUGCUGCGCGGAUACUCAAAACUGCUUUGCGGCGUCUGUGAGAUAGCUGCGCUGCCGCGUAGCUUAAAGGGAACAUUAAUUCAGUUUAUCAACUCUUGUGUCCAUUAAUCCAUCCAUUAUUCCAAAACUUUAUUAGGCAAUACAACGAUGGAUUUAUCCACCCCCUCCCUUUCUUUGGCCUUCUCGGUUUAUUUUAAAUAUUAGCUCUCGCAUUCCUGGCCAGAUUUUAAAAAAAAACAACACAAACAACAACACCAUUAGGUCAAAGCAGAUGUGUUAAACUUGUUCAAUAUACCUUUACACCACUGUUAGAAUCAAGAUACAUUAAUAGAAAUCGCUGAUGAUUAAUAAACUAUUCCAAAAAUACCACAUUGUGUACAUAACUCAUACUUAAUAAUUUGACACCACCAGGAACUCAUUGAAGGAUUUGAAAAAGAAGCCAUUGUGACCAACAGGGCGCGACUUAUUCUCAGUGCAGCUGUCCCAGCAGGAAUAGAGAAGGCUUCCAAGGGUUACAAUAUCACAGCACUGGACAGGUGAAGCCAACGUAUUUUUAUCACUUUCUAAAGGAUUUUAAAGGUUUAAUAAUAUAAGAGCAUUGAAUUAUAUUUUGAAAAUAAAUUUCGAGAUUGGAUGUCUUUUCACGUCUCUUAGGUCUAUGCCUUUCAGCACGUAUGAUGACUUCUGUCUUUAGGGACGUUUUGUGACUUCUAUAUCUUUAAGGGCGUUUUAUGAGUACUGCAUCUUUAAGGACGUCUAAUGAGUUCUAUAUCUUUAAGGAUGUUUUAUGAGUUCUAUAUCUUUAAGAAUGUUUUAUGAGUUCUAUAUCUUUAAGGGCGUUUUAUGAAUUCUAAAUCUUUAAGGACGUUUUAAGAGUGCUGUAUCUUUAAAGGGCGUCUUUUGAGUUUUAUAUCUUUAAGGACGUUUUAAGAGUGCUGUAUCUUUAAUUAGUAAGGACGUUUUAUGAGUUCUAUAUUUUUAAGGACGCUUUAUGAGUUCGUUUUAUGAGUUCUAUAUCUUUAAAGACGUUUUAUGAUUUAUUUAUUUUUAAGGAUGUUUUAUGAGUUCUAUAUCUUUAAGGACGUUUUAUGAGUUCUAUAUCUUUAAGGACGUUUUAUGAGUUCUAUAUCUUUAAAGACGUUUUAUGAUUUAUUUAUUUUUAAGGAUGUUUUAUGAGUUCUAUAUCUUUAAGGACGUUUUAUGAGUUCUAUAUCUUUAAGGACGUUUUAUGAGUUCUAUAUCUUUAAGGACGUUUUAUGAUUUAUUUAUUUUUAAGGAUGUUUUAUGAGUUCUAUAUUUUUAAUGAGUAAAGGCGUUAUAGGAAUGUUUAAUGUUUUAUGAUUUCUAUAUCUUUAAGGAUGUUUUAUGAGUUCUAUAUCUUUAAGGAUAAAGGACGUUAUAUGCAUGUAUUAUGUUUUAUGAUUUCUAUAUAUUUAAGGAGUAAUGACGUAAUAUGGAUGUUUUAUGUUGUUAAAUACGUUACAAGUGCUCUAAGGCCAUGACAAGGUUACAUAUAUUUUGUCUUCUCCCAAAUAGGAUUAGUGCCACUGCUGAAGACAAAAUUUUGAAAACUUUGUAGAGCUUAAAAACCUGUACUUUAAAAUGGUCUAAACUAACUGGCAUCUAUUGUUUAUUUACGCCAGGUACUUGGACAUCGUCAACAUCAUGGCUUAUGAUUAUCACGGGCUGUGGGAGUCCAAGACUGGCCUAGCGUCACCACUGUUCUCAACAGACGGUCAAAACUUUGACGUGGUAUGUGUUGCUCUGAUUGACCUUGAUCAUAAGUAUGCUUUCUGUCUUUUCUGAGGAUCAUAAUUUUUAUGUCAAUUUGUGGAUCAUGAUAUCUAUGCAGAUCGGAGGUUCAUCGUAUCUAUGUAGAUUUGGGGUAUGUAGAUGUGAAUUUUCCCCUUGAAAUUUUCUUGUUUACCAAAGUGGUUUGACAGUAUGUAAUAUUGUCAACACUAACAACUGGAACUGAAAGUAAGUCUAUUUUAUUCUAAAAAACAUAAUAUUAUCUUCUUAGAUCUACUUCAGCGAAAUCUCAAAAACGUUGAAUUGCCAAGUGGGGGUAGUAAGAGCCAUUUUAUAACUUCUUAAUUUAAAACUUCAAAACGAUUUAGUCACUGUGAUUUUAUGUUUAAAAAAACAACAACACCUCACACUGACAAUAAUCUCCGACUCUUUCAGUCGGCAACAAUCAACUGGUAUCUCAGCAGUGGCCUGCGUCCCGCAAAGGCGCACCUCGGAGUUGUAUUUUUUGGCCGAAGCUGGACCUUGAGCUCUACUGGCCAGACAGCUGUGGGCUCCCCCGCAAUUGGUGGCGGUGCUUCCGGUGCAUACACCAGGGAGCCGGGAAUUUUAUCUUAUUAUGAGGUAUUAUCGAAAGCUUUAAUUCUAUAAUCUCAGGUUAGGUCUAUAAUCUAUAAUGUAUAGUCUAAGUUUUAGUUUAAAAUCUAUAGUCAAAAUUUUUUUUUCGCUUAAAGCGCUUGUGUGGGUCAAGCUCUUAAAAAAAUACUAUCGCAUUCAUUAAAAGAUGACGUUCAUAAAGUUUGUAGAGAUUCAUGAAACCAGUAGACAUUCAUAAAACAAGUGGACAUUCAUGAAACAAGUAGACAUUCAUAAAACAAGUAGACAUUCAUGAAACAAGUAGACAUUCAUUACACAAGUAGACAUUCAUGAAACAAGUAGACAUUCAUGAAACAAGUAGAUAUUAAUUAAACAAAUGAACAUUCAAGAAACAAGUAGACAUUCAUUACACAAGUAGACAUUCAUGAAACAAGUAGACAUUCAUUACACAAGUAGACAAGUCAACAUUCAAGAAGUAAGUAGGCAUUCAUGAAACAAGCAGACAAUGAUAAAAUUGGUAGACAUUCGUGAAUUAUCAUCAUCAUCAUCAACAUCAUGUCCCUUAGUCCUUGGACCGUUGGGGCGCCACAGAUGACAUGUGAACUAUUCUCCUCCAUUCGUCUCUGUCUGCUGCACUACGCUCAGCAUCGCCCAGUGUUAGUCCUGUCCACUCUUCUUUUUCUUUGUCUUUCUCUUCUUCUCCCUCCUCUUGUGGUGCCCUGCAAUAUUUCUUUGGCCAGCACUUGUUUCCUGGUUACGUGGCCGUACUAUAGUAGUUUGCGUUUCUUCAAAGUCACCAGUAUGUCAUCGUACUCCCCAAUUGCCUGGCGAACCUUUUCUUUCACUAUAUCUUUGGAGGUAUGGUCCAUAUAGCAGAUGCCGAAAAUGCUUCUGAGGCAUUUCAUCUCAUUUACCAUUUUUAUCCCGUAUGGUGGUACUACGUCCUUGUUUUGCAGUGGUUAGUUCUUUCACCAACUGGUUAGCUUUUUUGCUAUUUUUUUUUCUUCAAGCAGUUUUCAAUGUAGUAGCAUUGUUCUUCAAUCCAGUUCUUCUUUGCCCUUUUCAUACCUUUUGUGAUGGGUUGGUUAAGUGUUCUAUAUUUAAUGGCCCCCUCUUUAUCUACCAUUUUUGUUUUCUUUAACUGCCUCCGUUUAUUACAUAGAUCAAGUGUGUCAGCUGUCACCCAUGGUUUUCGGGUUGGUCGAUGUGUACCAAGGAUGUCUUGAGCUGUGUCCUUCACAGUUGUGUUGAAGUUAUCAAUCAAUGUGUCCAUGUCUGAACAGUCGGCAUCUAUGAUGUUAAGCGCUGAAAAUGUUCCUCCUAUUUUUACUUGGAAGGCUUCUGCUAACUUUGGAAUCCUUUAGCUUUUCAAGGUCGAAUUUGAUUCUGGCAUUCCCUUAUUUUUUUACCCUAUUUAAGUGCAGCCUAAAGGUCAUCAUGACUAGGUCGUGGUCGCUUCCAAUGUCAACUCCAGGGAAGCUAUGAGUCUUGACAAUGUUUAUACUAGACCGGAAGCUUGUUUGCAACAUGAUGUAGUCAAUCUGGUUGUGGUGUUUCCCAAUGGGGCUGUGCCAUGUGGUUUUACUGGACAUUUUAUGUCCACCCAAUCUGUUGGCCAGUAUGAGUUUGUUGAAGCUGGCGAAUUCCAAGAGCCUCAGACCUCUCUCUCUCGUUUGAAGUUGCGUUACAGUGGCGUCCGCACGUUCCUUUCCAGUUUUCAUAGGCAUCUUCUCCUAUUUUGGCAUUCCAAUUCCCUUGAACAACAAGAAUGUCCUUCUUUGGUGUUUGGUUCAGCACAUCCUGUGGCUGAUGGUAGAAGUCGUCCACCUCUUCGUCAUUAUAAUCUGUAGUUGGUGCAUACGCCUGUACGAUGGUGAUGUUGAACGGUGUUGCCCUUAGACGAAGAGUGAUGAGCCGGCUCGAAACCGGUCGACAGCUCAUAAUACUGUUCUUAAUGUUUUUGUGGACGAGGAAGCCAACUCCUUGUUCGUGUGUGUCCUCCCGUCCACUAAAAUACAGUAUGUGGCCUUCAUGGGUCGAUAUUUCUCUAAAGUUUUUCCAUCUCAUUUAGCACAGACCUAGGAUGUCCCAUCUGUAUCUGCUCAUUUCAUGAACUAAUUCCUCCACCUUGCCGAUUUGUCUCAACGAUCUCACGUUCCAGAUACCUAGACUAAUGUUAUUCCUGGAUUCAUGAAUUAAGGAGACAUCAAUUAAACAAACAGACAUUCAUGAAACAAAAAAAGACUUCAAUCAUACAAGAUGACAUCAAUAAAACAAGUAAACAUUCCAAGUUACAUUUAAAAUGUGACAUUUUUAGUAGACACAAAAAAGUUUUGACCUAGUAUUUACUGGGAACUUUUGACGCCUAAUAGCAAAAAUAACAAAGUUCUCACCAAGUGUUGCAAUCCAUUUUUUAAAUUACAGUAUAUACUUUAUUUAACUUAAAAGAAAACUUCAAAAUAAAGCUUACUUAUAGAUAAGUUAAAAAAAAAUCCAACAUGAAUCUGAGACAGCUGGUGAGUUAGUUAGUGAUAUAGCCGGUGAUAAAGUUGGUGAUACAGCUGGUGAGACAGUUGUGAUAUAGCUGGUGAAAAAUUUGGUGAUAAUACAGCUGAUGAGACAGUUGGUGAUACAGCUAGUGAGACAGUUAUUGAUAGAGCUGGUGUCUACAUAACAGAGUUGUCGAUAUCUUGAAUAGUCUUGACUCAUUCUAAAGAAAUAUCCAUAAUAAAAAUGUAGGCGACCUGGGUUAGCAUCUCUUCACGUAUCUUACAAUAUGGGUUAGAAUCCCCUCAAUUAUCUCACAAUCUGGGUUAUAAUCCAUUUAACCAUCUCACAAUCUGGGUUAGAAUCCCUUUGACUAUCUCCCAAUCUAAGUUAGCAUCUCUUCCCGUAUCUCACAUUGAAAAUGUUGAAGUAACUUUCCUCUGGAUGCCAUCCGCAGAUCUGCGAGAAGACCCGUAGCCUCCCUUACACCAUACAAACUGACGUCAUUGGCCAGGUGAAGUAUGCUUACUACGACAACUCUUGGAUCACCUAUGAGGACAGGGACACUCUGGACAUUAAGGUAAUCACAACUUUCUAGGUGAAUAUGAGGACAGGGACACUCUGGACAUUAAGGUAAUCACAACUUUCUAGGUGAAUAUGAGGACAGGGACACUCUGGACAUCAAGGUAAUCCACACUUUGUAGGUCAAUACUAGGAGAGGGACUCACUGGACAUUAAGGUUAUCACCACUUUCUAGGUGAAUAUGAGGACAGGGACACACAUUGGGGAUCAAGGCAAUCCCCACUUUGUAAGUCAAAACGAGGAUACAAUUAUGUUCGUUUCUUCCUCAUAAAUAUGUGUUUUCCGAUGGUCUUGGGUGCCCCCUGUCAUAUGGUUGUUCGACCCCCAAAGGGGUCACGAGCCACUGGUAGAUCAAGUUCAGAUCUAAUUUAUAUUGUUCCUACAAAUUUCUUUAAAAAGUCGAAACUAUUCAGACAUUAUCGUGCUCCUCUAAAUUUAUUUUCAGAUGGAUUUCUUACUAGCCAACAACCUGGGGGGAGCCAUGGUCUGGUCAUUCGACCAAGAUGAUUUCACUGGUCAGUUCUGUGGACAGACAAAAUAUCCACUACUUGGGCGAGUAAGCAGCAAGAUUCUUAAGGUUCCCGAUUCGUAAGUAUUUUAAACAUUUAUAUGACCUUCGAUUUUGUUCGUGAAUGUGUUUAUUACUUUCUUUUGGCGGAAUAAUCUUCGGAAGGCUAAAUGACCCACCUCCCAUCGUCCUAUUGACUCUCUGCGAGAAAUGGCGUUUUUAAUGUUGUAAUGUUUUAGCAUAAGCUGCAGUGAUGGCGUAGUUAGUAAUGGUGUGUUAGUAAUGGGUUUCAUGAUUUAAUAAAGAGACCUUUGCUACAUGAAUCAUUGGUUUGUAAAAAUAAUUAAUGAAAUAUAUUAUAAGAAUAAACUACAGUUACAUAACGGCAAAGAGGAGAUACUAUUUAAGUACGUUCGGAUUCCUAAAAACAAUCAUAUUUAUUUUCUAUUAUUUUACGGAAAUAGAAUAAAUUUAAAUGCGCAAAAAAUAUUUUAAAUCGGCUUUUAUUUUAUUAAAAGUUAACGUUAUAUUGUUAUAAAUUACAAAUAUAUUUAAAGUAUCAACUAAGGAAUUAUUUUAAGCAUUUUAUAUGUGUUUGAAAGUAAUGAACAAAUUUAAGAAAAAAAAUCAUGAUAAUGAAUUACACCGUAAUCACAUUUAUUGGGAAAGCCCAAGCAUCAGUCGUUUUCAGUGCGCCUUUUAGUGCGUUGUUAGUAUUGCGAAAUAAAAUUUAAAUUAAUUUGUUUUAAAUAAUCACGCAAAUGACGUCAUAGCGCGAAUAGCCUAUUUCGCCAAAACUCUUAGGUUUCUUUAAAUUUAAUAACCACGCGGGACAAAAUUGAUAUUGUAUUUUCUCUUCUUAGAAGUACAAUUAAUAAAUACAAUUGACUGCUUUUUAAAUUGUUAAUAAAAAACACACAUAUUUUUGCUUGGUAUAUUUUUACAUUUAAAAAGUUUUGCCUUUUUAGAUUCCAAAAUAUACUUUCAUUAAAUUUAUAAACGUAAUAAAACUAACCUUUAAAAAUAAUUCUAAUAAGAAAAUGCGGUUUAAGUCAAUCAGUGCAGCACAACUCCAUAGCUAAAUAGCAUUCACUAAUCAACUUAUACCGCAUACAAAUACGAACGAACCAUAUCAAGUGCAAAAUAUGUUAGUUUGGGUAUGGAAAGUUCUACAAUCCGAUGGAAGAUUUUCUAAAUUUAUUGAAAUGUGGGUGGGGAGGGGUUGGUCACUUUGCCCCAGGCAGCACAAGAUACGUCUCAAAAAGAAAAAAAGGAAUGAAUUUGAUAAGUAAUUAGAUUUCUUGGGUAAAUUCAUAUCGGAGGUAGGAAAUAGGACGUGUCCAUUUUUAUGUUGAUGACAAUAUAUUUCAAUCCUAUGGUAUUACAUUUGUGAAAAAAGAGACGCUACAUUCUCCUUUUACACAUAUGGGUAAGUUCAUUUUGUCCAAGGCAGCACAAGAUACGUCUCAAAAUAAAGGAAUGAAUUUGAUAAAUAAUUAACCUUCUUGGUUACAUUCAUAUCGGAGGUAGGAUAUAGGAUGUGUAAAUUCUUACCGGGAUGGCAAUAUAUUUAAAUGCUAUGGUAUUACAUUUGUGAAAAAAAGAGAUGUUAAAUUCUAUUUUUUUUACAAAUUUUUGUAUGUUCAUUUUGCUCAAGGAAGCACAAGAGAAGCCUCAAAAUAAAGGAAUUAAUUUUAUAAAUAAUUAAUUUUCUUUGGUAAAUACAUAUCGGAGGUAAGAAAUAAGAUGUGUAAAUUCUUACCUGGAUGACAAUAGAGUUAACUGCUAUGGUAUUUGUUAUGUGGUACACUUUUCCCCCGUGCUUGAACUUUGUUUCACCCCACAUUAGAUUCCUAGCAGACGGUAGCGUUUGUUGUGGGCGUGGUUAAUGUAUUUGGUGUAUCAUGUUUACUACCGACGACCAAUUAAACAAGGUUAGUCUGUCUUCUAGUCUCUUAUCGAAGGUUCUCGAAACGUAAAAAAAUGCUGAGUAGCUUCUGGAAGGCAGUGCUUACGCUGAAUAUAUGAAGAAAUUGACAGACACGGAGAGGGAGAGGGAUUCAGAGAGAUAUUUUUAACUUAACGAGACAAUUGUUUUAUUCUUUGUGUGCUCAUAUGUGUUUAUUCGCUUUAAUCAUUCAUCAUUAUUAAUUGGCACAUUGUAUUAACAACUGUGUACCGGUACAAGAUUUUCCAAUACUCUGUAAGUUGAUGAUUUGUAAUUAUAAUUCUUUUGUUUGUAAUAGUAUUAUUACUAAAUUAAAUCUUAUUAAUGGUCAUUGGUACUGUUUUGGGGUUCGUAUUUUUGUUAUUGUAUUUCUCUAUGGUAUCGUCCUUUGUUAGGCACUGUUUGAACGAGCCAUACAUUUGAAAUAGAAGAUUAAUUUCUCACAAAAGAAGGAAGUGCGUAACCAUAUAACAUAUGUGAAAAAAUAAGAUGUUACACUCUCUUUUUACAAAUAAACAUAUAUUUAACAAUUAAGAACAUCAAUGGCGUUAACAAAUCUUGGUUAGAUUUAUAUAAGUAUAUCCAUGAAUAUCAAAACCCAAUCAUUUUACACACUUGAAAAUUAAAUUUUGACAAAUGAAGAUGGGUUAAUAGUUUCUUUUUAAAAAAAUGAAAAUAUAUUUUUGUUGUUACUUUGCAAAAAGUAAAGAGGUGUGUAUUUUUAUGAGAUUAACAAUUUAAUUUUUUUAAAAAGACAGUCAAAUCUGAUAUAGACGUGAAAAACAGUUGCGAGAUUCUUCUUAGAUAAAAGACUUUUGUUUUACGAUUUUAUGAUAAUGUAUAAUUUAAAAAAAGGCAAAAAUGUAUUUUACUUUUUUAUGAAGAUAUCAAUAUAUCGAAUUUCUGCAAUACAAAAUAUAUUUAAAUUACAUAUAGAGUUUUUGUUGUAAAUUUAAGAUUAGGUUUUUAAAAAUUUUUAGAGAAAAAAGUUGUAAUUCAAGGGAUAAUCUAAAGUAUUUCUCUAGCGUAGUAAUUGUCCCUCAAUUAACUUCUUUAGUGACAAAACUGAUACAAUUAGUGAUAAUUUAGACUGUGUAAUUUAAGGUCAUAUUUAGAGGGAGAAAAAUAGUUUAGGAGCGUUAAAAGGUGUAGGGUACGCAAGUGAUGUUAGAAGCGUAAAUAUCAUUACAUUUUAAAAGUUAUAAAUUGGGAUGUGUUUUAAUAGCAGUUAAAACUGCGUGCAAUAGCAGUUAGAAAUUAUCGCAAAGGACCUACCAUUAUUAUCCCGAUAACAUCCGGUCAUUUAUUCUAGUAUAUUAUAUUACAUGUAAUUCUCUAUGUUUUAAAGAAAAUAUGGUUCAAUAAUGACUUCAAUAGAUCGCAAAAUAUAAUUCCCGAUAACUGCGCUUAACGAUAUUUUUUAAAAACAAUACUGCAUUUGUGCGUAAUAUUUUCUUUUCAGAAAAUGAAAUCAUCUCAAUUAAAAUAUGGUGGAAUAAAUAUUCGGUUUAAAAUGGUUGGGACAUCAGAAUAUUAAUAUAACUCAUCGGCGUGAAAUAAAAAGUGUGCAUGCAGUAAGUUUGAUAAAAACUAUUCCCAUACCAAUAAUCAGUUGCUGCAGUCACGGACAUGAUAAAUCGCGUGCAAUUAUAUAAAUUACAAAAAUGCAAAUAAAAAUGCAUAAAAGGAUUAAGAAAAUCAUGGUUUUGUAAGGGUUGUAAAAUUAUAACUUAGUAAAACCACCAGAAUAUUUUGCUCCCAAAACGAAAAUUUCUCCAAGACCUUCAUAAGGACCUCAGCGGAUAUUAAUCUUAAAGAUUUAUUUUAUUCUGAAAUAUAUUUUUAUAUUAGUUCCAUUGUUAGCUUGAUAAAAAAAACCAAAUACAACUAGACUUUUCUACCUUUCGAGAAAUUAAAAUUCAUGUCUGGCUGUCUUUUUUUAUAUUUUCCAGUCAAACUCCAACUCCUACAACGAUGGGGACGUCAACAUCUACAGCGGUACCAACCACAGCACCGCCAAGCACACCAACACCAACCACAGCACCACCGACCACAGCACCACCAACCACAGCGACAGCAACCACAGCCCCACCAACCACAGCCCCACCAACCACAGCCCCACCAACCACAGCGACACCAACCACAGCGACACCGACCAUGGCAGUAUCUAGCACAUCAUCACCAAGCACCACAACUCAGGCGAAGAUACCUUCGACCAACAGCCCCGGUGUCACCCCUAAAUCAGACACUUUUGGUGAGAAAAACAAAACCUUAAAACUUUUCUUUGUAAAAUUUCAAAUGCCGGCACAUAAAACAACAACAAUAACAAAUACAGUAAAUCUAGCUAACUGUAUAAAACGACCUGUGUAAAUAUAACACAUACCGUAAAUCUAGCUAACUGUAUAAAACGACCUGUGUAAAUAUAACAAAUACCGUAAAUCUAGCUAACUGUAUAAAACGACCUGUGUAAAUAUAACAAAUACCGUAAAUCUAGCUAACUGUAUAAAACGACCUGUGUAAAUAUAACAAAUACCGUAAAUCUAGCUAACUGUAUAAAAUGACCUGUGUAAAUAUAACAAAUACCGCAAAUCUAGCUAACUGUAUAAAACGACCUGUGUAAAUAUAACAAAUACCGCAAAUCUAGCUAACUGUAUAAAACGACCUGUGUAAAUAUAACAAAUACCGUAAAUCUAGCUAACUGUAUAAAACUACCUGUGUAAAUAUAACAAAUACAGUAAAUCUAGCUAACUGUAUAAAACUACCUGUGUAAAUAUAACAAAUACAGUAAAUCUAGCUAACUGUAUAAAACUACCUGUGUAAAUAUAACAAAUACCGUAAAUCUAGCUAACUGUAUAAAACUACCUGUGUAAAUAUAACAAACACCGCAAAUCUGACUAACUGUAAAUUGGAUUACUCUUUCAAUCUGACUUAGUAAAUGUGGCUAAGUGUGUAAAUCUGAUUUUGUUAAUCAGAUUAACUUUGAAUACCAGACAACAGCGUAAAUCCGAUUAAGUGUUUAAAUACGACUAAUUGCGAAAAGUUUACUAACGGCGUGCAACCGACUUAGUGAGUAAAACUGGCUGAGUAAAGCUAGCUAGCAGAGUGAAAAUGACUGAGUAAGCUAGCUAGGGGAGUAAAGCUGAAUGAGUAAAGCUAGCUAAUGGAGUAUACCUGACCGAGUAAGUCUAGCUAAAGCAGAGUAAAACUGACUGAGUAAAGCUAGCCAGCAGAGUAUAAAUGACUGAGUAAAGCUAGCUAGCAGAGUAAAGCUGAGUGAGUAAAUCUAACUAAGUUGUUAAAAAACUGAAAAAAUAUUACUAAAAGUGUAAAGCUUAACUACAGAAUUAGGCUUACUAACCGAGUGCGGCUGACUGACCGCGUAAAGCUAACUUAUAUAGUGAUAGUAUCUCAUUGAGAAGUUUUAAGAUUUAAUGAGUUGGUCACGUGACGUCCAUCACUCGGCAUAAUUCGACUCGACUCAAAUGUGUUGCCCUCUUGGUUUCAGUGUGUCCACGCAUCUACGGUUUCUUCCCCGACCCCAAGACCUGCACCAGCUACUACAGCUGCAUCAUGUUCACCCCCAUCUUCGUCAGGUGCCCGGUGGAAACGAUGUUCAACCGCAGCAGCACCAGGUGUGAGAGUAAAAGUAGCACCGCCUUCGUCUGCCCGCUGUAGAUUCUGAUUACGCUAUGAGGCUCUGACUCUACACCAGGCAACACGACCCUAUGUUGUAAUGGUUGACCUUAAUUACGCGAUUUUGACAUAUGACAGUUCGAGUGACCUUUCUACGAGAAUGCUAACGUUCUUACUACGGGACGAUGCUUUGAAUAUUGACAAUCUGACUUCACUGAUAUGAUAGGAUUUUUUUUUUAUUUGAAAAAAAAAAAAGCAUUUCUUGGCGGAUAUUAUCUAACUGAGUUUAGAUUUUUCUUUUAAAAAUUGCCUUAAAGAAGUAUAACUUUGUUCAAUAAAAUUGUGCCGAGGACAAAAAAAGAUUAAUGACAAGGUUUCGUAAUACGCUUUCAAACGAAACAUUUGAGGACUACUGUAAUCUUUAAAAUCAUCAAUUUAUUUUUAGCCCUGGGUUAGGGAGUAGGACGUUUAAAAAGUUUAUUUCCCCAAUAGUCAACAAUAAGGAGAGUGCCUGAAACAUGAAGAUCUCAAGUCAGGCGAUCCAGAGUAGGCGGUAACAAAGACAAUGAGUACAGCAAAAAAAAAAAAGAGACAGACGAAAUAGUGGGGUAGCGGACAGAGCUAAUGGCGUGAAAACCAUCUUGGCUGUUUUGAGACCCACUGGAUCGUUUCAAAGCUUCCUGCUCAUUGCUGUUCCGUUACGCCGGUCGUCGUCUUCAGCAGGAGUUAGUGAGGCGUUGCAGGGGCAAAAGUAGAAAGGGAUACAUGAGUUAAUUCUUUCUAAUUAUUCUCCCAUGGUUAUCAGAUGAUUAUGCAAUAGUAGUCACAUGAUUAUCCCAUGGCUAUCAGAUGAUUAUCACGUGGUUAUCAGAUGAUUAUCACAUGGUUAUCAGAUAAUUACCGAAAUAUUUCUUUUGUAUCUCUCGAAAGCUUUAGAUAUGGCAUUUCCUGUAUUGAGUAGAUCUUCAGUUUGUGGGCAAUAAUUCAGAUUAACGGGUGCAAUGCUUUUUGUGUGUGCAUUGAAAUAGAUGUGUAGUUUUUUCUAGGUCUCAUGUGAUUAUUUAGCUUGGCAAGUAUUUAGAGGGUUUUUAUCAACUACUAUCAGGGGAUAGUUUGUUCUGGGUAUAAUUUGUCCAUAUAUGAUGAAGGUAUAAGAAAGGGGGGGGCCGCGUGGCUGGUGAAGAUAAAGACUCCAAUUUAACUAACCUUGACCCUGGCUGUAGACAUAAAACUACUACGUUGCUUACGCUUGCUGCUUACAACUUACUAUGACUUGGAAGAUUUUAGACUCAAGGUCAAGGUUGAAUUCGGAAUAAAACUUUCUGAAAAUUGCCAACGCCUCCUGACCUUGCUUUCUUGUAUUAAGCUCAUUGACUUCUAUAUUUGAUUUCUGGGUUUCCUUCUAAUCAUAUCUCUGAUAAGUAGCGUUCAGGAAAAAAAACAACAAAACAACAACACACAAACAAUAUAAAUAAAAGAUUAAAAAGAACAAGUAAAUAAAAAAAUUAAUUGGAUGUAAAUAAGAGAAUAUCAGAAAGAAUAAAAAAACAACAACUAUGGAAAUACAUAAAAUUAUAGAAAAAAAGAGAUUCAUAGAAAAUAUCGAACUAAUAAAAUAAACUAAUAAAUUCAUGCAAGAAGAAGAUGACAGCAGAUCUUUAUUGUAAUCGAUCUAGACGGUGGUGUUGGGUUCUUUUGUGUUUCAUAGAAUCGUCUCAAAAUUACAUUAGAGCACCAACGGGAAAAAAAAAAUAUAUAGGUCUAGAAGACUGCUGUCAAAAUAUGGAACAUUAAAGCUUUGGAACUGACA